AUGGCGACAGCAGAGCCGCAAAGUUCGGUGCGCCAGCGGAGGCGCAACUCGGCGGAGGUGCAGGCUGUCACGACCGACGAUAAUUUCAAUGCGCGGAAGAAAGAGGAGGUCGUAUGGGGAAAGACGCCAUCUGGGGAAGUUUUCCGCGUACCCACGACGCACGAUGUCUUGACAGCUUUGUUUCAUCCUGCAUACCCUAAAUCGCACCUGGAUCUCCUUAAUCUUGGCCUGCUCGGACUGCAGCUCGUUCUCUUUGCUGUGCUGCCUCGCUCUAUCGCCAAAGUCUUUUUCCUUGUCUAUUUUGCUUUUUGGCGGGCAGCCUAUGACUUAGGUCUGGGCUGGGUCCUCACAAAGCAGAGCAAGCGGAAAUGGAUCGUUAGAGAAGUACAAAGACUGGGGUGGCUAGAUGAGAAUCGCCAGCCCGCAGUCCGUGACUGGAUCAGAGAGCAGCUUGCUGGUAAAAUGGGAAAGGAUUAUUCAUUCGAUGAGCUACCGCUCGAAUACAACACUUGGCUGCUGUUCCGCCAGAUGGUGGACAUUAUUCUUUUGAAUGAUUUCUUGGCUUAUUGCAUGUUUGCGUUCACCUGCUUCCGAGUCCCUGAAGAUCUUUCGAUUGCAGUUCACGUCAUGAGGUGGAUCGGAGGCAUCGCACUCAUCGCGUUCAACCUCUGGGUGAAGACUGAAGCCCACAAUGUGGUCAAGGAUUAUGGCUGGUAUUGGGGCGACGUAUUCUUCCAGCGUGGUGCUCUUGUAUUUGACGGUGUCUUCGAAUUGGCUCCCCACCCGAUGUACUCCGUCGGUUACGCCGGCUACUAUGGCCUUUCGCUCAUCAUUGGCAGCUACUUCGUCCUCUUCGUGAGUCUAGCUGCCCACGCCGCUCAGUUUGGGUUCCUGGUAUUCUUUGAGAACCCGCAUAUCGAACGCACAUACGGCCAGCGCAAGCUACUCGCUCACCGUUCACCAGUUUUGGCAGCUACCUCUGGCAGGUUGGGCAAAACGUCAUCUUCACAUACUCGGGAAUCGUCGGAAUCGUCGGUCUUCUCGAGCGAUCUUAAUACUCCCUCUGCUACGGAGGGUGAAAGUGCCACUGAAACGGAUGAGGUCUUAACUGAAACGGAGACGGAGACCGAGUUCGUGCAUGCUCGUCAGAACAGGAACAAGCGCCGGUCAACAUCCUCCUUCGGCUCGAACUCCACUAUCAGUGACGGCACCUAUCGUCGCAGCAAUUCCCCUCUGCUGUCCCAGCACGAUUUCAUGAACCGAUAUUUCAGGAAAGAUGCGAUUUUCUUCGCAAACGUCGAUAUCCUCAGAGCAUCUGAUUUCAAGCUGGUUUUGAUGAUCAUGUACCCGCUCGUCACAUCUUUCCUUCCCUCGCUCUCAAAUCAUGGGACGCUGGUGCUCCAUUUUGUGCACGCUUUAGCGUGGUGUCUGUUCCACUCUUUUGGCCUCGGGUUCGUUCUGCGGGCUCAAUCAGAGAACAAAUUCUUGGUUCGGCACUUCCUGAAGCACUACCAUUAUCCCAUGAAAGACCACGGAAGAGGUGCCUUGAGGGAAGCAUUCGACAAUUGGAAAUCGAUCUAUAAUCUUAGCAUGUGCAUGACUUAUGUCUCAUCAAUCUGUCUUGCAUGGAAGACGUACAAUAUCCCACAGGAGUGGACGGUCGGAAAUGAGCUGUUGCGGCACACACUAGGUGCUAUUCUCAUUGGCCUGCACGUGUGGGCGACAAUGGAGAUGUAUGAGGUUCUAGGACUUUUCGGGUGGUUCUUUGGUGACUUCUUCAUGGAAGGGUUCUCUGCGCAACUUGAGUAUACUGGCAUUUACCGAUACCUCAACAACCCUGAGGUCAUGAGUGGCGCUGCGUUCUUUGGCCUAGCUCUCAUCAGCGGCAGCAAACUGGUGUUCACUCUCGCGGUCGUCCGACACUUGUCACAAUGGUGGUUCUUGAGCAAGGUCGAAAACCCUCACAUGCGGAAAUUAUACGGCGAUUCUCUGCGGAACGAUGCAGGGUUCGUCAAGGUCAUCAAGAAGGUUGCGAACAAGAACGCGCGUCUACUGGAAUCUCGUGCAGGUCGCCAUGCGCCAGAAAUUAGAAGAGUCGCUCGAGAGGUCAAGGGCACCUUUGAGAAGGUAUACGAGGAGACUGCCGACGUUGUGGAAGAAUUCUUGGCAAAAUCGCGCCCAAGGAUCUCCGAAGUAGUUCAGGACACAAAGGUUCUCCUCCAGCAAUCCAGGGAGAAACUGGUCAUCUCUCGCGUCGCCAAUGACUUGUCAUCAUAUGAUACCGCUAAAUACAAUGUAUCAAUUGUGCCCAGCUCGGACGGAUCCUCGCGCUUUCAUCUCGGUGAGCCCAUCAAGGUCAAAUGGCGUGCGCCUCUGCACCACUCGCGUAGGGACUGGAUUGGCAUUUACAGGGUUGGAGCCAACAAGUCUAGUCUGGUGACGAAGACUUCGUCCCUCGGUAUGUGGGUUCCCGUCCAUGAUGAAGAAUGGGACGGGGACUUUCCGCUGAGCCUGAACCGACCCAAUCGGCCGGACAAUGAUUCGGAGAAUGGCGAAGUCGUGUUCCGUGCGGGCAAUUUGCCGUGGCGGACGGGACGAUACGAGAUACGAUAUCAUCAUGACGGCAAGUAUAAUGUUUUGAGUCUGGAAGGACCUAUCGAAAUAUAUGUCGACAAGCCCAACGAAGUCCGUUUUGCGAGCGUCCGGACAUGUCUCGCUCGCAUUGUACCGCUCUGUCUUGACUCUGACCCUUCUUUGAUCCCACUGUCGUGCAAAAAUGGGCAGACAGAGUCGGACGACGAACGGGACGAAGCCAGCGGUCGCAACCCCGACGACUUCCGGUUCUGGUCGGAGAGGCAGGCCAAGCGCAUCUCGGUGGCCAUCAAGCAGGCAUUUGGCGUGGAGUUGGACCCAGAGGUCAUAAUUGCGGAUGCAAAUCUGAGCUCUCUGGCGGACAGGAUCAUUUUGUCGCGAGAGUUGCUAGCACCGUAA